UCGGUAUCUACAAAUACCCAUGGGGGGUCUCCCACUUUCAUCCGAUGUGUUUGUUCCCUACUCCUCUUAGUCUUUUCUUGUCGAGUCGUCGGGUUACCAAAUCCCCCCCCCUUCGGUCCUUCGUUUUUAGACGUUCGCUAGUUGGCUGCAGCUGGGCGUAUUGGUACGCGACUCAUCAACAAUGGUUCGAAGCAGCUUCCUGUUGCCGCUGCUCGCCAGCGCGGCGAGCUUCUUCUCAGUCGAAGCGAAAAUAGCGGGAGCGACGAAGCACAUUCCCGGAUCGUACAUUGUGGAAUUUGAAGAUUUGCAGGACUCGGCGGAAUUCUUUAACCACAUUGGCGCGAAGGCGAAAACGCGUAUGAAUCUAGAUUAUAAGUUGUUUAAGGGUGUGUCAAUUCAAUUCGAUGAUAUUCAUACCGCCGAGGAGGAAGCCGCGAAACUCAAUUCCCUCUCCAGCGUCAAACAAGUAUGGCCGAAUCGAAUGUAUUCUCUCCCAAAAGAUGAAGUUGUUUGGACGGGGCGAAACGGUGGAGAAGCCUAUAUGAAGAAUGUCAAGAGACAACUCGGGAAUGACACUUUUAACCCACACUUGAUGACUCAAGUGGACAAGCUUCGAGCGAAGGGCAUUACCGGGAAGGGGAUCAAGAUUGGUAUCAUUGACUCAGGUGUUGAUUACACCCAUCCAGCUUUGGGCGGCUGCUUCGGUGAAGCCGACUGUCUAUUCACGUACGGCACUGACAUCGUUGGCGAUGAUUAUACCGGCGAGAAUACUCCAAAGCCCGAUCCCGAUCCGUAUGAUGGCUGUGGAGGACACGGUACUCACGUCUCAGGUAUUAUCGCAGCUCAAGCGAACGAGCUCGGUUUCACAGGCGCGGCGCCUGGCGUCACCCUUGGAAUGUUCAGGGUUUUCGGCUGUACUGGUAGCGCAUCUAACGAUGUCUUGAUUGACGCCUACAUGCAAGCAUUCGAGGCCGGGUCGAACAUUAUUACAGCAUCGAUUGGAGGCUCUUCCGGCUGGAGCGAGGAUCCAUGGUCCGUUGCUGUAUCCCGUAUCGUUGAAGCCGGUGUCCCGUGCACGGUCUCGGCUGGCAACGAUGGCGCAACAGGUCUAUUCUACGCUAGCACGGCUUCCAACGGAAAGAGGGUCACAUCAAUUGCUUCUAUUGAUGCUGAGGUUACUCCGUUGCUUCUCACCGAUUCAUUUUUCGCGAUCAACAACGGCACCCAACAGCAAUUUGGCUACGCUCUCGGAGAGCCAGGCGAGUGGGCUAAUGUCAGUCUUCCACUCUGGGCACCUUCAUACGAUAUCACAGAUACAGCUCAGGCCUGUGCGCCAUUCCCUGAUGAUACUCCUAACUUAUCCGGAUAUAUCGUAUUGAUUCGUCGUGGCACUUGUACCUUCGUAGAGAAAGCGACCAAUGCCGCUGCAUUCGGUGCUAAGUACGUCUUGUUCUAUAAUAAUGUCGAAGUCGGAGCUAUUGGCCCCGCUACCACAGGUGUGCCCGACGUCGCAGGUACUGGUAUGGUAAUUGCUUCUCAAGGUGAAGCGUGGGCCGCGGCUUUGAAGAAUGGGUCCAAGAUUGUCCUGAAUAUGCUUGACCCCGAAACGGCACCUGUCAGCUUGACGUACCAGAAUAAUUCGGCUACUGGUGGAUUUGCCAGCUCUUACACCAGCUGGAACCCUACCUUUGAGUUGGAUGUUAAGCCGCAGCUGGCUUCUCCUGGAGGAAACAUUCUCUCGACCUACCCGAUACCACUUGGUACCUAUGCCGUUCUUUCCGGUACUUCGAUGGCGUGUCCAUUAGUGGCUGCUAUCUUUGCCCUCGUUUCGAAUGUCCGUGGCACAUUGGAUCCCGCUACCAUCGAGAACCUGCUGUCAGCAACGGCAAACCCGCAAUUUUUGAAUGACGGGAACCAAACCUUCACAACUCUCGCUCCCAUAUCGCAAAUCGGUGCUGGUAUAGUUCAGGCAUAUGACGCUGCGUACGCGACCACAUUAUUAAGCAAGUCUAGUCUCGCAUUCAAUGACACGGACCACUUCGUCGAUACAUUGAACUUCACCAUCACGAACCUAGGCGACGAAGACGUCACGUACGAGCUUGGCAGCGUCGGCGCUUCAACGGGCUAUACAUUCACCGACUCUAUAUACCCAGAGCCCUUCCCUGGACUUGAGUUGACGGAUGAAUACGCCAAAGUCACCCUGAGUGAGUCUACGGUUACCAUUGCAGCCGGGGAUGAAGCCAUUAUCUCAGUGACAAUCGUUCCUCCCGCUCUCAAUGCGUCGCGACUGCCAGUCUACUCCGGUUAUAUCACCUUGAACGGUACCAAUGGCGAUAGUCUGUCACUCCCAUACAAUGGUGCAGUUGGUAGCUUGCACGACACGCGGGUCCUCGACGUGGGCUACCUCUCGCUUUCGUCAGACCAAGAACUCAACCCCGUCAAGGCUAACACGUCAUUUGUGCUACCCAGGGGCAAUACGACGCUCAACACGACAUACCCGGUAGCCGUAGCACUGUUAGCCUUUGGUUCGCCACGGAUCAAUAUCAAGGUAGUAUCGCUUAGCAGUAAUGCCGACCCCAGUGAAGAUGUCUCUAGACAUAUCUUCGGUUCGCCGUAUCGAUAUGCGUCCCGCGAUCCCCUAUUCCUAGAAUGGGAUGGUAGAUUAUCAGAUGGUACUUUGGCACCAGCAGGCUCGUACAAGCUGCAAUUUGAGGCGUUGCACAUCUUUGGUGAUGCUGCUAACCUAGAUGAGUACGACACUGAUGAGUCCGUGCCAUUUUCGAUCCGCUACGUGUAAGGUAGUCUUAAGGAGAUGGUAUGCCUGUAUAGUAGCGAAAAGAAGAAGCAAUGAGCAAAAUGUAUGCAUCGUUAUGGAUUAGCAAAAUUAGUAAAUGAAUAAGAUAUAUGUUUCUUAUACACAGUUAGCGGAACUCUUCUUAACAUCUCAGAGUCUAUAAAUCCUUAUACCGACAAUUACGAAAC